ACUCCCGGCACCGGUCCCCGGCACCGAGACGAUCGUCCGUGCCGACCCGCGCAGACCCUUACCAUCCAGGGUCAGCCCCGCCAUGGCCCUCUAGACAGCCGUCCAUAUCUUCACAAACGGACAGCGGGUAUGCGCUGGGCACCGACCGGCAGGCGGCGCUGUUCAGCGAUCCGCCACAGCAGGACCAAGGCCCGCAACAAUGGGGAUUCUGGACACCCUGGGCAUACCAUCAGGCCCAGGGCCCCCAACAGCUCCCUGCUAGGCCGGCGACUGCGGAGCGCAGGGCACCUGAAGCCUCGUUGUCUCGCCCCCCUCCCUCCCCGGAUGGGGAGGAAGGGUCCAAGCAACAAGACUCCGCUUUGGCCCCUGAGGCAGAGGCGAGGGCCGAAGGAGACCCGCCGUUAGACACUCUCUUGCCGGGGGUCUCCUCAUCCUCCUCCCCGGAUGAAGCGGUGGCUGGUACCUCCUCCAACAGCCCCCCCCCCCCCCCCCCCCGCUGGAUCUCAGGGCGCACCAAGACCUCCUCAGGCGAGUAGCUCAAAAUCUGAGUCUGCAAGCCGAGGAGGUCUCGGAGAUAGAGGAUCCAAUUGUCACCAUCCUCUCAGCAGAUGCUCCCACCAGGGUCGCCCUACCCUUCAUACGAACCAUCCAGGCCAACGCCAACACCAUCUGGCAGUCUCCGGCCUCCAUCCCUCCUACGGCGAAGGGCGUCGAGAGGAAGUACAUGGCUCCUUCUAAGGGCUACGAGUACCUCCAUGUGCACCCGACUCCGUGUUCCCUGGUGGUUCAAUCAGUGAACGAUAAGGAGCGUCAUGGCCAGGAGGCUCCAGCCCCCAAAUCCAGAGAGGCCAGGCGGAUGGACCUCCUCGGCCGUAAGGUGUACUCGGCUGGGGCGCUGCAGCUCAGGGUCUCCAACCAGCAAGCCCUGCUGAGCAGAUACGCCUUCAACUCCUGGGUGGCAGCAGACAAAUUCAAGGAGCUGCUGCCACAAGAUGCUCGCCAAGAGUUUACGGCCAUCUUGGAUGAAGGCAAGAAGGUCGCACGCACGUCCUUGCAAGCCUCUUUGGACGCUGCAGACUCGGCUGCCCGUACCCUCGCGUCAGGAGUAACGAUGCGUCGCAUCUCCUGGCUGCAGGUUUCCGGCCUUCCGCCGGAGCUCCAGCAUACUAUACAGGACCUUCCUUUUGAAGGCCAGGGCUUGUUCUCUGAAAAGACAGACCCCAGACUCAAGAGUCUGAAAGAUAACCGAGUCAUUAUGCGGUCCCUCGGGAUGCACACACCCGUGACCCAACGCAGACCCUUCCGGCCACAGCAACAACAACAGCGCAGGCCGUAUUCCCAGUUCCGCCAGCGGCAGGACCUUAACAGGCGCCGCGGCAGGAAUGGAAGGCGCAGGCAUUCGGGGAACCAAGGGGGGCAGAACCAAGGCUCCUCUAAGCCCCCGCCUGGACCUAAGCCUUCAUUUUGAAGGUGCGCCCGAGGGCGCAGUAACAGUUUCCCCCACGGAUCCUUCCCCCCCGUUUUCCAA